CAUUUGACACACUACGAGUGACACAGGACCACACAAAUCACGUGACUAGGCCGAAUCAGAAAAUAAAAGCACGUCGUAGGCCUAGGCAACGAUUUCUUUAAAUAUUUUAAAUAUUAAAUUUGUUAUUUUAGGUAAACACAAGACUCCAUGGUCAAGAGAAAAUUGUUUUACUUAACAUGACGUUAAAAUAAAUAGCUCUUAAAAUCACAUUAGUUAUAAUGCGCCAAUUAACGAGCUAUGCCUAAGUCUAAAGUGUUUGUCCCAAAGGCUACAGGGGCACAAUGGCUUAAUCGGAUUUUAGUUGUGGCAAUAGCAGUGUUGACUGUGUUUGUAAUUUUUCAACAUUUACUGAAUUCAUUGCCAACUUGCCGUAUAUCAGGGCCAAAGGACUGGACAUCAGACGGCUAUAGGAAUUUUGCUAUCAGGACAACCUGGAAUGGCAACUGUGUCAAGCAUGAGCCUGUUAAAAUUUCUCUGGCACCAGCUGCAGAUGGUGGGAUGGUCAUUAAGAUCUUAGCGCCUUUCUUCAACAGCCCACCCAAGCCUGAUGGCCCCCCUGGACAGCCUUUUCCUGGUCUCUGGAACUAUGAAGUUGUCGAAGCUUUCUUCUUGAAUGAUAAGGACCAGUAUCUUGAAGUGGAGCUUGGGCCAUAUGGACAGCACUUGCUGCUGAUGUUGAAUGGUGAGAGAAAGAUGGUCAAGGAUAAACUGCCACUGACAACAUACUCUGCAGAUAUUGAGGGAGAUAGGUGGACAGGAGAGGCCAUCCUUCCGAGGGGAUAUUUCCCCCCUGGUGUCACAAAAUUUAACGCCUAUGCCAUCCACGGUGAAGGAGAAGACAGAGUUUAUGAAUCCUUGUAUCCAGCUACGGGAGGAGAGACGCAACCAGAUUUCCACAACCUCCACUAUUUCCAACCCAUUGACAUGAGCAAGCUUUUAAACAACUAUAGCCCUGCAGAUGUAUCAGAUGAGUGGAAGCCUUAUGUGAACUCUGGGACUGUUGUGGGUUAAAGCUGCCUUCACAGAUGAAACAGUGAUGUGGGUUUAAGCUGCCUUCACAGAUAAUACUCAUACACUGAAGCUGUGUUCACAGAUGAUAUUUAAAUACUGGUGUCAGUUAAAGGUUAUAGCUGUGUUACAGUUUAUAUUUUAUUUGAAUUUUUUCUUAUGGUUGUUGUUAUCUUUCAGAAAGAAACCUAUGGUAAUUUUUAAAUUGUAUAUAUAUUAAACUUGUGAAAUAGUUGGUCAGUUUGUUUUGUCAAAAAAUAAUUUCAUAUAUUACAUCUUAAGUUUACUAAUUGAGUAAUUCUGAAGUUGUUUUUUUUUAAAAAUACAUCAUAUGAAAACUGGUUUAACUCUUUUAUUGUCAUUUUAUUAAUUACUUGGUGACUCUUUCUCUCAAAUAACAAACAAUAGAAGUUUGGGACCAAAGUUUGUGUAAAUAGGUUAUCAAGCACAAGGUUAGUUUUAAGUAAACAAACAUGUAUUUUCUGUGUUUGUAAGCUAUAAACUCCUGAAUUGCAAUGGUAAUUUGAUUACAGUUGUGGUUCCUACACCCAAAAAAAACUUUAUAUUUUUAAAUGCUCAUUACUACAGAUGAAAAAACUUGCUUUUUAAAAAGGAAAUGUCUGUGGAAGUUAUUUGAAAUAAAUCUGAUGGCUUUGUAUAAA